CCACCGCACUUACCACACUCGCUAUCGCAUUACAAUAAUAUUUUCGGGCCCCCAAUUAAACAAUGUGAACUCAACCACAUCAAACUGGAGUACACUGAAUCCAGAAUUGGGUAGCUGUUUUCUUGCUAAUAUUUUACUUGUGUUGAGAAGAAAGCAGAUGGGGUGGUCAAAGAUGAAAUCUUUGGGUAGUUUGAGUUUGCGUGAGGUAAUAUUUUAAGGGAGGGAGGGCAGAGAACGUGCUUUGUUUUGUCUGGCUCUUCUUGAAAAUUAUGUUCACGCUUCAAGAGGAAAUCUAUGCAUGAUUAGGUCCCUUAUUCUUUGUUUGUUUUUAGAGAGAGAAGGGGGUUUCUUUUUUCUUUGGAAUUUGGGGAGGGUUUCGUCUUUUGAGGUCUGCAACAAGGCCAUGCUUUGCUCCUCCAUCAUGGCAUUGUGAUUUGUGAAAAGAAAUAAUAUUAAACUCUUUCUUUGAACAAAUUCCUACAACUUUAAGCUCUUCUAGUUCUGGGGUUUGUUCAAAUCUCCUCUUGGUGUGAAAUGUGGAUGAUGCUUGUACCACACCACAAUAUUGCUGUAAUGAUUCACCUUGAGCCGACGAAAGGCCUCUUCUUUAAAUUGUUGCUGCAGGAACAAGCGAGUCUUGAAAAGUUGUAGCAAAAAAGCUCAUGAGUGUGUGUACUUACGUGUCUUUUCUUGAACUCUUAGACUCCCUUUGUAUUUGAGGGAGGGUGAGGAUUCUUAGUUGAAGUGAAAAAUAAAAGGGGGGGUUUUGGAAGAUGAGUGAGAAAAGGCAAGGGUGCCACACAGUGGCUGUGAGAGUGAAUGAAGCAGCUGGGACUAAGACUAAGAGAAAGCAUUCUGCUCUUCUGAGUUACUGUUCGAAUCGUGGGGUUUUGGGAAUCUUGAUCUUGCUAAUGUUAUUUUUGAGUAAGAAUAUUUAUGAUCAUAUGGAUGAUGAGCAGCAGAAGAGGAGGAAGGAAGUUCUUGUAGGCAUGUGUGAUCAGAGGGCUAGGAUGUUGCAAGAUCAAUUUAGUGUUAGCGUUAAUCAUGUUCAUGCCCUUGCCAUCCUCGUCUCCACUUUUCACUUUUACAAGAAUCCCUCUGCAAUUGAUCAGGAAACCUUUGCUGAAUACACAGCUAGAACAGCUUUUGAGAGGCCUUUAUUGAGUGGGGUGGCUUAUGCUCAGAGGAUUCUGAAUUCAGAGAGGGAAGAAUUUGAGAGGCGGCAUGGAUGGACCAUUAGAACAAUGGAGGAAGAAGAGCCUUCCCCGGUUAGGGAUGAGUAUGCUCCAGUAAUAUUCUCUCAAGAAACUGUUUCCUACAUUGAAUCACUCGAUAUGAUGUCUGGGGAGUUCCUUUUGUCAACACAGGAGGACCGUGAAAACAUACUGAGGGCUCGAGCUACUGGUAAAGCAGUACUUACUAGCCCAUUUAGGUUGCUAAACUCGCAUCAUCUUGGGGUUGUUUUGACCUUUCCGGUUUACGAUUCCAAGCUUCCCCCUAACCCCACUGUGGAAGAGCGGAUUGAAGCAACGACAGGGUACCUAGGGGGGGCCUUUGAUGUCGAGUCCCUUGUUGAGAAUUUACUUGGGCAACUUUCUGGGAACCAGGGGAUUGCUGUUAAUGUAUACGAUGUUACCAACUCUUCUGAUCCUCUGAUCAUGUAUGGCCAUCAAUCUCUAGAAAGUGAUAUGUCACUUAAGCACAUGAGCAGGCUCGACUUCGGAGACCCAUUCCGCAGGCAUGAGAUGAUAUGUGGGUACCUUCAGGAAGCUCCAACAUCGUGGAUUGCGCUAACAACAUCAUUCUUUGUUUUCGUGAUUGGCAUAUUAGUUGCAUAUAUGAUAUAUAGCGCCGCAAUCCACAUUGUUAAAGUUGAAGAUGAUUUUGAUAAAAUGGAGAAACUGAAAGCUCGAGCAGAAGCGGCAGAUGUAGCCAAAUCUCAGUUUUUGGCUACUGUGUCUCACGAAAUAAGAACACCUAUGAAUGGAAUCCUAGGAAUGCUACAGUUGCUAUUAGACACGGAGCUGAGUUCAACACAAAAGGACUAUGCUCAAACAGCUGAAGCUUGUGGAGAAACACUGAUAACCUUGAUAAAUGAAGUGCUUGAUGCAUCGAAGAUUGAAGCUCACAAGUUGGAGCUUGAGGCUGUUCCAUUUGACCUUAGGACAAUUUUGGAUGAUGUUUUGUCCUUGUUCUCUGAGAAAUCUAGGCAAAAGGGUGUCGAGUUGGCUGUUUUUGUAUCAGAUAUAGUACCCGAAGUUGUUGUCGGGGACCCCGGAAGAUUUAGGCAGGUCAUUACCAAUCUUGUUGGGAACUCAGUAAAAUUCACUGAGCAAGGGCAUAUAUUUGUUCAAGUCCUCUUGGCUGCACAAGCAAAGUCGGUUAUGGAUGCGAAGACUGAAAGCUGCACGAAUGGAGAAUCUGAGUGCAAAGUGCAAUCUUGUGUUCGGCAGUACAAUACCCUUAGCGGCAGACAAGCUGCCGAUGAUCGGAGCAGCUGGGAAACAUAUAAAUAUUUAGAUAACGAAUCCAGUGAUGCUUCGAGAAUUGUGAUGAACUGUGAUGCUUCUCAUGGUGUUGCCUUGAUGAUAUGUGUCGAAGACACUGGGAUUGGUAUCCCUGAACAAGCACAAAAGCGGGUGUUCACGCCUUUUAUGCAGGCAGACAGUUCUACUUCUAGAAAUUACGGAGGAACGGGCAUUGGGCUGAGCAUUAGUAAUUGUCUUGUAGAGCUAAUGGGCGGUCAAAUGGACUUCAAAAGCCGUCCCCAAAUAGGGAGCACCUUCUUUUUCACUGUUGAGUUUCUAAGCUUUAAGAAUAGUUUAGUUAUAGAUCUGAAGAAAUCUUUUCUUGAUGAUCUGCCUAAUGAGUUUAAAGGGAUAAAAGUACUUAUAGUUGAUGGCAAACCUGUUAGAGCAGCUGUUACAAAGUACCACUUGAAGCGACUCGGCAUUAAGCCUCAAACUGUCUGUAGCAUCGCAAAGGCAGUUGCUGUUUUCGGAAAAAAUGGCUUCUUGGUUUCUAGAGAUGAAAGGCCGCCAGAUGUAUUACUAGUUGAGAAGGAUUGCUGGAUUUCCGCUGAAGAAGAUGACACAAUGCUGUUAUCGAGCUGGAGAAAAAAUGGUCGCUCAUAUAAGCUACCAAAGAUGGUCCUUCUUGCAACCAACAUUACAGCUGCCGAGUGUGAGAAAGCAAAGGCGGCUGGAUUUGAAGAUAGCGUCCUCAUGAAACCUCUGAGAGCGAGUAUGGUGGCUGUGUGCUUGCAGCAGGUAUUGGGGAUCAGCAGGAAAAGCCAGCACGGAAAAGACACACUGAACAAAACUAUCGGUAAAUCUGGCUUGCUAUCUGGCAAGAAGUUGUUGGUGGUCGACGAUAAUGUGGUGAACCGCAGAGUUGCUGCCGGUGUCCUAAAAAAAUUCGGUGCAGAAGUGCACUGUGUUGCGAGUGGCCAAGAGGCUCUGAAAUUGCUCCAAAUACCACACGAGUUCAGUGCCUGCUUCAUGGAUAUUCAGAUGCCUGAAAUGGACGGGUUUCAGGCGACUACUCUUAUUCGGGAGAUGGAGCAUAGCGCAAAUGCACAAGCAAAUGGAGUGAAGGGUGAGUGGCAUAUCCCGAUAUUGGCAAUGACAGCUGAUGUUAUACAUGCCACACUGGAGAAAUGCUUGAAGAUUGGCAUGGAUGGAUACGUGUCUAAACCUUUCCAGGAGAAGAGUCUGUACGAGGCUGUGGCAAAGUUCUUCGAACCAAAGGCAGCAGUAACCGCUUCUUGAUUCAUCUAUCCGACAGUGCCAGUGAUUUUUUCCCUUACUGUGCUGCCUGUGGAUUCGCUGAAUGGCAGGUAAGGGCGGUCGCCUUGACUCCGUUGGCAAUGCGUGGUUGUAUGUAUAUUGAUUAGGGAAGAUGUAAAUGUUUGAGGGGGCUCCGCGAAAUGUGAGUCUAGGUCACGAAGUCACUGUAGAAAAUCAUCAUUAAUGUAUGUUGUUGUGUUGUUGUAGAAUUUAAGUAUGUAAGCGAUAGUUGCUGCCAUCCAUAAUCAUAACCUCUUUCAUCUUCA